UAUGGUGUUGGGUGGCUCUGAAACUAAAACUGAUCUAGAAAGGGUAGAGAGAGGCGUAGAGGCAGAGGGAAGUAAAGAGAAAUGCUUCAUCCAGCAGCGCUCACACCACCAUGUCCGUUUCCCGCAGGCAGAGUUACAGUGAGGGUGUCUCCAAUGGCGAUUCUGAAAGGAAAGACGGUGGUGGGUUCGAGGAUAAGGUGCAUGGCCAAUCCUCGGAGAGUCCAAAUGGUGGCCAAGCAAAUAAGGAGGGAGCUUUCUGACAUGCUUCUCACUGACAAAGUCUUGCAGUACGCCGUUCUUCCAGAAGCUUCCUUAGGAGCCGACCGUUACCUCUCCUCCCUCACCACCAUCACCGACGUCCAAGUCUCCGGUGACUUGCAGGUCGUUAAGGUCUAUGUCUCUGUUUUUGGAGAUGAGCGAGGCAAAGAAGUCGCCAUCGCCGGCUUGAAGUCCAAGGCUAAAUAUGUUCGCAGUGCGUUGGGCAAGCGCAUCAAGUUGCGCUUAACUCCCGAGAUUCGCUUUAUAGAGGACGAUUCUUUCGAGAAAGGAAGCAGGGUGAUUGCAAUAUUAGAUAAAAUCAAGAAUGACAAGAGCACAGAGAGACAAAACAAGGACAAGUUGGAUUCAUCAGCUAAUGCGGAUGAUGAUGAUGAUGAUUGGGAUGGUGAAGAUCCUGACGAAGGAAUCAUUUAUGUGGAAUAGAUGCCUCCCAGUGCAUCACUUUUGUGCCUGUUUUAUAUCGACAGAUCUUUCGCUCUUGAUAGUGAUUGGAAAGACUUCACUAAAAUGCUUGCUAGAAAGAUGCUGUUUUCUAGUUCUAACAAGUGACAACAUUAUCUGAACAUCAAGACCUUGCAUUGUCAACCCUGAAGUGAUGUAGACCCAUUUUGGGGUUUUCUCUCCUUAUAUGGCUUAACCCAGGAUGUUAGUAUACACGAGGACUCACUGUAUAAAAUUAUUUUCCUUGCUUUACUUAUUCCGGUAAGUGGAAUUUAUAAUGUUUACUAUUGCUGCUGUCUGAAUUUGGGUGUGUUGAACAAAUUACGCUCAACCAGAUGCAUGUACAUGUCAAUGUGGUAUCUUUAUGCUCUUUCUUUCUUUUUACAUGGUGUUCAUUUAAUUUAGUGGGUUGUCCUGCUUCCCGGGUUUACCUCGUGUCACUUUUCACUGGUAUGUAUUGAUCAGGAAUAUAGUACUGGCAGUUGCCAUGGUUAAAAA